AUGCAGGUGAGUGACAUAAUGGAUCGAAAUGAGCUUGUUAGGCUCAUAGAUAUUCUAAACCCUAAAAAUAAACUUGGAAGGAUAGCAGUAAUUGUAAGAAUGGGAGCUGAGAACAUGAGAGUGAAGCUUCCUCAUCUGAUCAGAGCUGUCACUUGGAUUAGUGACCCUAUGCAUGGGAAUAGCAUUAAAGCUCCAUGUGGACUUAAAACCCGGUCUUUCGAUGCAAUCAGGGCUGAGGUGAGGGCAUUCUUUGAUGUACAUGAUCAAGAAGGAAGCUACCCUGGUGGAGUUCAUCUAGAGAUGACUGGGCAGAAUGUAACAGAAUGUGUAGGAGGCUCGCGAACUAUAACAUAUAAUGAUCUAAGCUCACGUUACCACACUUAUUGUGACCCAAGGCUGAAUGCUUCUCAAUCUCUAGAGCUUGCCUUUAUCAUUGCAGAGGGGCUUCGAAAGAGAAGGCUUGGAUCGACGCAAAAAGUAGCCUAAAUUGGAUUUUAGGAGGCUUUGCUCUGUUUCUGUUUUGAGGUCUCAUUCUCUCUAUCUCUUAAUAUAUAUACAUAUAUAUUGGUGUGUCAGUAAUGGUCUGAAAGAUGAAGUGAAGCCUUCACUGCAAUCGAAGUCAACAAAUCUGAGGAUAAACAAAUUAAAUGAUGAUUCCUAUAUAUAUCUAGCUGCAUGUACUAGGAUUCAAGCCAUGUGUUGCUAUCAAAAUUAUGUUUGACUUUUGUGUUAAUUAUGUAAUUAUAUGGAUAGCUUGUACCUUGUUUUGCUACUUGGCAUCCAGCAUGGUUGUGUAUACAGAUUUUUGACCCACAUGUAUAAAAGGUUCUGAAUAAUCCUAUCUUGGCAGAAUGUCAUCAAAGAAUUCUAUAAAGUUUAAAAUCUCUGUGACCUGCCUUUA